AUGGCCGAGAAAAACCAUGACGCCGGAGAGAAAGGAGACAACCAGCUUCUGUCCACGCUCCCGACGAGGCAAGGAAUGUGGAAGCCAUUCUACCUCUACCGCGGCUGCUGGCUCACGCCCCGCUCCGUGACUAGCGUUGCGCUCGUGCAGUCCCAGUUCACGCCGCGCCCCGACGACGUCUUCCUCGCCACGUACCCCAAGUGCGGCACCACCUGGCUCAAGGCGCUCGCCUUCGCCGUCGCCAACCGCUCCCGCCACCCCGUCGUCUCCGGCUCCGGCGCCCACCCGCUGCUCACCACGCACCCGCAGGACCUCGUGCCGUUCCUCGAGCUACCCCACCGCGACGUCCACCCGGUCACCGACCUCGACACGCUCCCUUCCCCGAGGCUACUCUCCACCCACAUGCCGCCGUCGCUGCUGCCACCGGGCGUGUCCGCCCUCGGCUGCCGUGUCGUGUACCUGUGCCGGGAACCUAAGGACGUGUUCGUGUCCACUUGGCACUACAUGAACAAGGUAGGCGAGGGCUUCCACAUCGACAUGGACGCCUCCUUCCAGCUCUUCUGCGAGGGGAUGUCCCUGUACGGCCCUCUCUGGGAGCACUACCUCGGGUACUGGAACCAGAGCGUGGCGGAGCCCGACAGGGUCCUCUUCCUCAAGUACGACGAGAUGAUGGCCGACGCCGGCAAGCACGUCAAGAUGCUCGCCGAGUUCCUCCGCGUGCCGUUCACCGACGAGGAGGUUAGCGACGGUGCCGUGGAGGAAAUCGUGAGCCUGUGUAGCUUCAAGACGCUGAAGAGCCUGCCGGUGAACUCGUCCGGCGUGUCUGAUCGGAUCGGCGGGAUGCCGAUGGAGAACUCUGCCUACUUCAGGACAGGGAAGGUGGGAGACUGGAAGACACACUUGACUGAGGAGAUGGCGAAGAAGGUGGACUGCAUCGUUGAGGAGAAGCUGAGAGGUUCUGGUCUCACCUUCUAA